UUAGCUCCUGCAAGCAAGUCGAAGCCCCCCAGAGUCCAAGGCAAGCCCACACAGGAGCCGGAGCUGAACAAGAGGCGAACAGGAGCCAGAGCCCGUAGGGCUAUCUAUGUCGUAUCAUUUUCAGGAGAAGAGUUCUGGCCCCGAACGGGUGACACGGGGCAGGAAGAGAAGCAGGAGAGGAGAGAGCACACAACUCCUCACCCAGCCCUCUGCCUCACUGAGAGCAGCCCCAGUUGAAGGCAGACUCCAUCCGCGGGGCAUCUCACCCCGGAUAUCUCCUCACCUUGACAGCCAGACUGAGAAAGGGCGCCAGGGUCCCUACGGAAUGACAACUCUCCUUUCUGCCACCCUCGCCUUUCUUCUCCUCUGGACUCUGCCAGGGCAGGUCCUCCUCAGGGUGGCCUUGGCAAAAGAGGAAGUCAAAUCUGGGACCACAGGUUCCCAGUCCAUGUCCCCCUCUGAUUUCCUAGAUAAGCUUAUGGGGCGAACAUCUGGAUAUGAUGCCAGGAUUCGACCCAAUUUUAAAGGUCCACCUGUGAACGUGACCUGCAACAUCUUCAUCAAUAGUUUCGGCUCUGUCACCGAGACUACCAUGGACUACCGGGUCAACGUCUUCUUGCGUCAGCAGUGGAAUGACCCCCGCUUGGCCUACCAGGAAUAUCCUGAUGACUCACUAGACCUUGAUCCUUCUAUGCUGGACUCUAUCUGGAAGCCAGACUUGUUCUUUGCUAAUGAGAAAGGGGCCAACUUCCAUGAGGUGACCACAGACAACAAGUUACUGCGCAUAUUUAAGAACGGGAAUGUGCUCUACAGCAUCAGGCUGACCCUCAUUUUGUCUUGCCCAAUGGACCUCAAGAACUUCCCCAUGGACAUCCAGACAUGCACAAUGCAGCUGGAGAGUUUUGGUUACACCAUGAACGACCUUGUUUUUGAGUGGCUAGAAGAUGCUCCUGCUGUCCAGGUGGCUGAGGGCCUCACUCUGCCCCAGUUUAUCUUGCGAGAGGAGAAAGAUCUAGACUACUGUACCAAGCACUACAAUACAGGAAAAUUUACCUGCAUUGAGGUAAAGUUUCAUCUGGAACGUCAGAUGGGCUACUAUCUGAUUCAGAUGUAUAUUCCCAGUCUACUCAUCGUCAUCUUGUCCUGGGUCUCCUUCUGGAUCAACAUGGAUGCUGCACCCGCCCGUGUUGGCCUAGGCAUCACCACAGUUCUCACCAUGACAACUCAAAGCUCUGGUUCUCGGGCCUCUUUGCCUAAGGUGUCCUAUGUGAAGGCGAUAGACAUCUGGAUGGCUGUGUGCCUGCUCUUUGUAUUUGCUGCCCUACUGGAAUAUGCUGCUGUCAAUUUUGUCUCCCGUCAGCACAAAGAAUUUAUGAGACUUCGAAGAAGGCAAAGGCGCCAACGCAUGGAGGAAGAUAUCAUCCGAGAAAGUCACUUCUAUUUCCGAGGCUACGGUCUGGGUCACUGCCUGCAGGCAAGGGAUGGGGGUCCAAUGGAAGGACCUGGCAUUUAUAGCCCCCAAGUUCCAGCUCCUCUUCUAAGGGAGGGAGAAACUAUGCAGAAGUUCUUCGUGGACCGAGCCAAGAGAAUUGAUACAGUCUCUCGAGCUGUCUUCCCUUUCACUUUCCUCGUCUUCAACAUCUUCUACUGGGUUGUCUAUAAAGUGUUGCGAUCAGAAGAUAUCCAUCAGGCACUAUGAAUAGAAUAGGGGGCUAUGGAGUCCCCUCCAGAAGCUGUUGGAUUCCUGCUUCUUCCUGGGUGGGCAUUCCCUCUCUGUUAGAUUUCAUAGGGGGCCUUAUACAUUUCUUCCUAAUCAGAACUUCCAUGGCCAAUCCUAAAGCUAUGCUGGUCUACCCUGCAAGGUGCCAAUGAUGGCUAUACUUAGAUCGUUUAUCUUCCCUAAACUAGGUUUUCUCUACACUGUCCUAUUUCAUACAAGGAAGAUUUGAACAUUUUCCUGGGUCAGGAUGACCUUCUUUCCUUGCAGGAGCCUAUCUGUUCUUCAGUUUUCUAGUGAAUAAUAUUCAAACUAGUAUUAUGAGAUUCAUGCAUUUCUUAUCUUAUUUGUACCACCAGUCCUUACCCUGCCAUCUCACACUCAGAGCCUGGCCUUUAUUCUCUGCCACUCCUAUUAGGGAAUCAAAUAUGGAAUCUUUCACAUCCAGAAGGGCUGUCCUAUGUGACCCAGUCAGGAUUACUUAACUGAGUAAUGAAGUCAAGAUGACAGCAAGACUGAAACAGUUAUGGGCUUCACUGGGGUAGGACACUAAUAUAUGACCCAACAAGAGGGUUUUAAGUCUCCUAGAAAGCUUAACAUUGUCAGAAUGGGAUAAAGAAUUCUGAAUUAUCAGAAACACCACUUUUUCAGAUUCACCUGAACUUCCUUGUCUUGGAAAAUUUAAUUUAUUCACUAAUUCAGUAUAGUGGCAGGGUAUGUUUGACAGAUGGGCAAUGAUAAAUGCUCAAUUAAAAACUUACUUGAUGAUGCUAGAAAAUAUUCAAGAACAGUGAGGUCCAUGUAGUAGGACCCAGGAGGAGUAGAAGGACCCAGAGUAGAAUGCACAAACUACCCUUAAAAUCUUUUGUUGGCUGCAACUGUAUGUUGCUUCUUUUCCUCCAAUUUCUUUAUUUCCCAUAACACUUUGUUUCUGACUCAUUCCUUUAUCUCCUUUUGGAGUUCAAAUAACACUGACAAGCAACCUUGUCCAUAAUUACAGAGAUUUCAGGAUUACUAGAGAGGAACUAGGUAUACAUUCUGAACAAACACCAACUUGAUGAAUCUCAAACUAGUUAUGUAAGUUAGAGAGCUCUAAGCCAAAACUGUUCCGUUCUCACUCCAUUAUAAGGUAGCAUUCAGGUGGAACAUGAGAAGUCUGAGUCUAGCACACAGCGUCCUUUGAAAUGACCCUCUGGUGACAAAUUUUAAAAGGUAAGAGUAAAAGAUUAAAGAAAAAGGCAGGAAAACUGCAAGAAGACAAAGGUAAUCUAAUAAUCACAGACAUCUUUCCCCACCUCAUCCUUCCUCUUCCCUCCGUUUUUUUCUCCCUGGCUGUCUUCUUCCCUCCCUCUCUCAUCAUCCCUUA